AUGACCUUCCGGGCGCACGUAGAAGAGGUGGUCAAAAAAUGUGAAGUAGGUAAGAACAUCAUUAGAAGAUUGGUUGGAACUGACUGGGGAGCCCACCCAAGUUCAUGUUUGGCUAUCUACAAAUCCAUAAUUAGAUCUCAUAUUGAUUACGGAUACAUCAUUUACGGAGGAAUCUCAACUAAUAUACAAGGAAUGUUAGAUAAGGCUCAACUCUCGGCUUUAAGAUUGUGUUUGGGAACUAUAAGGUCAACUCCUCGCAUUGCCGUUUUAGCGGAAGCCGGGGAAACUCCAUUGAAUAUUAGGAAACAAAUAUUAACCAAUAGAUUUUUAAUUAAAAAAUUCAACUCGGAUUCAGCUCGAAUCCCGAAGCAAUUGGAAGAUCUAGCUGUUCUGCAUUUUAGAGCGAACUAUUGGAGAAACAGACCUACACCUCCGUUAAUAACUGGUUUUUAUAAUUUGAAACCUUUAGAAGAUCUAAUAAUUACAAAUGACAAACUUCCGUAUCAUAGUCAUUCUUGGAAAUACUCAUUUCCCAAGAAAUAUAUAGGGUUGAAUGAUUUCAAUUAUACGACAGGUUAUUCUAACAAAAAUAUAAUAAACUGGGAGUUUGACAAUUGGUUAGAUACGGAAUGGAAAGAUUUUACGGUUAUCUACACUGACGGUUCCAAGUUAGAAAACAAAGUUGGAUGUGCUGUGUAUGUGCCUAAUAGAGUUAAACAUUUACAAUUCAAUUUGCCGGGUUUUGCCUCAGUCUUUUCGGCAGAACUUACAGGUAUUAAUGCUGCCUUAGACUUCGUUAUACAAGAAAAGACUUCAAAAACCAUAAUCCUAACUGACAGUAAAUCUGCACUUCUGGCUCUAAACCAUCCUAAACAAAAUUGCAAUUUUUUAAUAUUUGACACUAUCCACAAAAUAGAAAGUAUCUUAGCAAAUAAAUAUGAGUUCAAAUUAAUAUGGAUAAAAGGGCAUUCCAACAUUCGUGGAAACGAAUAUGUGGAUGGACUUGCAAAAGAAGCCUGUUUAUCAGUUUUUCCUUCAAGAAAGGCUCCUGCGACUGAUCUUAAAAGCUGGGUAAGGAAACAAGGAUUAAGGUUAUGGCAAAAUGAAUAUGAUAUGGAAGACAGAAAAGGAACCUUAUUUAAAUGUUGCAAACCAAAAGUGUCUUUCAGUACAUGGUUUGCCAAAUCCAGGUUUAAUUAG